GGACGGCAGAGCAGAGCACUGCGUUGCAACUUGCAAGCAACCGAUCCCAGUUGUUCUGAAGAAGCAUUAGCUGCGAAAUGAGGAGCCGCCUCUUCCACUAUGCCUCGUUACUCAUGCUGUGCUUCCUCUCCCGAAGCUCGGCGGCUAUGGCUGCUCCUCGUCUCCCCGUGCGAGCGGUGAACCUCGGCGGGUGGCUGGUGACGGAGGGCUGGAUCCUGCCGUCCCUCUUCGACGGCAUCCCCAACAACGAUCUCCUGGACGGCACGCAGCUGCAGUUCAAGUCGGUAACGCAGAACGCCUACGUGGCCGCGGAGAAUGGCGGCGGCGCGGGGCUGGUGGCGAACCGGCCGCAGGCGUCUGGCUGGGAGACCUUCAAGCUGUGGCGGAUCAACCAGGUGACAUUCAAUUUCAAAGUGUUCGGCAACCAGUUCGUGGGCGUCAAGAGCGACGGCUCGCUGGUCGCGACGGCGGCGGCGCCGGGGCGGUCCGAGACGUUCCGAUUGGUACGCAGCCCCGGCGACCAGUACAGGAUGCGGAUCAUGGCGCCCAACGGGCUCUUCUUGCAGGCAAACAAAGAUGCCUCGCUGACGGCCGAUUAUGGCCAGCGCACCAGCUGGGGCGACGACGACCCGUCGGUGUUCGUGGUGACUAGAGUGACGGGGCUACAAGGGGAGUACCAGAUCUGCAACGGCUAUGGGACGACAAAGGCUACACCUAUUCUCAGGAACCAUUGGAGCACAUAUAUAGUGGAAGCUGACUUCAGGUUCAUCUCCGAAAGCGGGCUGACCGCAGUGAGAAUACCAGUGGGAUGGUGGAUUGCUAACGACCCCAGACCUCCAGCACCUUACGUUGGAGGUUCACUUAAAACCUUGGACAAGGCAUUCAAAUGGGCAGAGAAGUACAAUCUAGGCGUCAUCAUUGACCUACAUGCAGCUCCUGGGUCGCAAAAUCCCUUCGAGCACAGCUCCUCCAAGGAUGGCUCACAGGACUGGGGCACCACCGACACUAACAUCGCACAAACUGUGCAAGUGGUAGAUUUCCUCGCAUCCAGGUACGCCAAAAGCCCAAGCCUCCUCGCAGUUGAGCUAAUGAACGAGCCGUUGGCGCCCGGCGUAUCCCUGGAGAGCCUAAAAACGUACUACCGCGACGGGUACAAUGCCGUCAGGAAGCACUCAUCGGAUGCCUACGUGAUCAUGUCCAACCGGCUGUCAUCCCCGGACCCAACAGAGUUCCUCGGGCUCGCUGGCGGGUUACCCGGAUCUGUCAUUGAUGUGCAUUACUACGCGUUGUUCAACAACAUGUUUGAUACUUUCACCGUGCAACAAAAUAUUGAUUUCAUCAAGACCAACUACUCAAGCGAUCUUAGCAUUGUCACGAGGGAAAAUGGUCCCCUCACCUUUGUAGGAGAAUGGGUCGCUGAGUGGAAGGUGCCUAAUGCAGCGAAGCAAGAGUUCCAAAUGUUUGCAAAUGCACAGAUGGAUGUGUAUGAGAGGGCAACGUUUGGAUGGGCCUAUUGGACUCUCAAGAAUGUGAACAACCACUGGAGUAUGGAGUGGAUGAUCAACAAUGGAUACAUCUCCUUGAAAAACUAGGAUAUGUUCUAUGUGUCAUUACUCAUGACUCUUCAAAUAAAUUUGUAACGACAAAUGAAAUAAAUUUCUAGAACAAUGAAUACAUCUAUCGAAAAAUGAUUCCAUUCGAAUAAA